AUGGCGCACAGCGAUGACUCUCAAAACGAAAGGGAUGAAGCGAAUUACAACACCAUCCUGUAUGAACAGAACCUAAAUGAGGAGAUAGAUUACUACGGGGAAGACUUGCCACACAUAAAUUUUUACUUGAAGUUUCAAAGGAAAAACUUUUUGCAGGAGUUCCUCCAGGAGGUGAUGAUGCUACCGAGUAGUGGGGUCAGAUCGGAUGGUGGUGAGGCGGGGCAAGACAAAGAGACGGCCAUCCCGGUGGAGGAGGAAAAGACGGAGAAGGCUUCUAUCCCCGGGGAGGAGAGCAGCCGCGAUAAUGCAAUCGCACGGGAUGAGGCACUGGAUGAGGUGUUGAAUGAGGGGGGGUUCUACGUGGAAGACGACUCCGGGGGGGAGCAGGGACUGCCUUAUGAGCGACCGCUUUUGGAGCGACCUCAUUGUGUACCCACCGCACAAAAUGACGGCGAAGACACCAACUUCAGGGAUACCCUACUAAAGCUCACGCAGGGGACUGACUCCUGCAGUAGUGGCACCACCGACCUGAUGCACCUAAAUGAAAGCGACGAAGGUAUAAAACAAAUAAAUGAAAUUUUUCAACAGCAUAAAGAUAAAUUCCUUUUCAGUGUCGAGAGGAAUAUUGAAGCUAACGGAGAGCUCAUUCUACAAGAGUAUUGCUUCCUGUGCAACAAAAAAAAAAAAUUAAACAAACCCCUGUGUGAAGUAAACAUAUACAUCUGCUACGAUUGUAAAAUGCUAGACAGUAAUUUUAAAAUGAUAUCCCUGAGCAAGUUGGUGAGAAAAUAUUGCCUUAAUAAUUAUGACCUAUCCAAGUACGAAAAACAGCUAGCUCUUUUAUGCACAAAGAACCCACGUGGGUACUCCAAACAAAUGAAACUCUAUUUUGUUUUUCAAAUAAAAGAAAUUGCUAUACGAAAGCAUGGGUCCUUGGAGAAAGUGAAACAGAUGUAUACCUCGAAAGUGUUAAAGUCAUUUAAGAAUGCACAGGGGACUCCUCAGAGGACGAAGAAACGGAAGAAGGACCUGCACACGAUGGUUAAACCGAAGAGCAUUUACAGCAAGAAGGUUAAAGAGGCGGAGGAACAAAAAAUCAUUUGCGAUGACAAUCAACACGAGUUUGACUCGGCCACCUGCACCAACGUGGAGGAUUCACUUUACGUGAAGAGGUGCAGGAAGUGCGCCUACCAGGUGGAGUACAUGCAGUUCUGA